AUGCUUCUAGGCUGGAGGGAGACACGCCCGCCGCUCCCUUUAUAUGUCUCUCCCUUCCUCCGCGUCCUCAUUCUCAUCACCGCAAUGUUCAAGAUGGUUCUGCUGGUGCUGCUGACCGCCUGUGUGUGCUCGGCGGCGAGGAGCCCUCAGCUCAAUCAAAGCCCGAUCAUCGGUGUGCUGGCACAGGGUGUCCCGCCAAAUCACCAAUAUGCAAAAGGCUCCUCGUACAUUGCCGCCUCCUAUAUCAAAUACCUGGAAAGCGCCGGGGCCCGCAUCGUUCCCAUCAGAGUCCUUCAGACCGAAGAAGAAUAUGUUAAGAUCUUCGAUUCCAUCAAUGGGUUGCUGUUGCCCGGAGGAGAUGUAAACAUCGAGAACUCGCCGUUCACUCGGGCCUCCAAGAUCUUGUACAACCUCGCAUUAAAGGCAAACGAUGAUGGUGACUACUUCCCCAUCUGGGGGACUUGUCAAGGUUUCCAGCAGCUGUCAGUCUUGACGGCCAACAAAAACCUUCUGACCCACACCGACACCAAGGCGGUGGUGCUAACCCUCACUUUCACGUCAGAUGCCUCAUCCAGUCGUCUGUUCAGGGACUUCCCCAAGAACCUAAUAGAUUCACUGGCUAAGGAGACCAGCAACUUCCACAAAUGGAGUCUGUCUCUUCAGAACUACAGCCAGAACGCCGAGCUGAAUAAGUUUUACAAAGUGCUUUCUACAAACACGGAUGGGAAGACGGAAUUCAUCUCCACCAUGGAAGCCAACAAAUACCCCUUCUACGGUGUGCAGUGGCAUCCUGAGAAAGCCCCUUUUGAGUGGGUGGAUAAGGCUGGCAUGGUCCACUCCACCUCAGCUGUACAAGCUUCCUUCUACACUGCGAGCUUCUUUGUUUCGGAAGCAUUAAGGAGCCAACACAGCUUCCCCAGUUCAGCAGAGGAGGAGAAAGCACUCAUCUACAACUUCAGCCCUGUCUUUGGAGGCUCCAACGCCAUCUUUGUGCAGACAUAUUACUUCGACUGA